CUCAAAAAAUAAAAAUUUAUCUCCAGAAUCCAGCAGUGUACGUUUAGGGUUUGGGGUUUUAAUUUCAUUUAUCCGAGAACAGAUCUUUUGCGCAUUGGGUUUCUCUAGCGCUCAGAGUUCAUUGAUUGCUGCACAUUUGCGGAGACGGAUUGGAGUUCGCCGUUCGAUCCUAUGUGUUAAGAAGUGUAAGGAAUUGGUUUGUACUUUGGCUUAUUGCAUGUAGAGCGCGGUGCUGUUCUGGUGAAAAAAGGUGAUGUUCCUGAGCAAUGACGCGCAAGAGUCCAUCUUCCAGGGCAGCUGAGACUGCAAUUGGGUCGAUUGGCCGUGGAUAUGAUAUAGCUGUAGACUUGAGGCUUAAGUACUGUAAAGGUGAUCCAAAAGAUUCACGGCUGAUUGAGAUUGAUGAAGAUGGAGGUCAAGAGAUUGUUUUACCUGGUGGCAUUUCGAUUUCAAAUGUGCCCAAGUCAAUAAAAUGUGAUAAAGGAGAGCGCACACGAUAUAGAUCCGAUGUUCUCUCGUUUCAACAGAUGUCAGAGCAGUUCAACCAAGAAAUAUCUUUGACUGGAAAAAUUCCAUCAGGUCUCCUCAAUGCCAUGUUUGAUUUUUCAAGUUGUUGGCAGAAAGAUGCUGCCAACACCAAGACCCUUGCUUUUGAUGGGGUAUUUAUUACACUGUACACAGUUGCAUUAGAAAAAUCACAUAUGAUUCUGCGUGAUAAUGUUAAAAGAGCUGUGCCAUCAUCAUGGGAACCUUCUGCACUCGCAAGGUUUAUUGAGACGUUUGGAACACAUAUUAUUGUUGGUGUAAAGAUGGGUGGAAAGGAUGUAAUAUAUUUGAAACAACAGCAUGCAUCAACUCUUCAGCCUGCAGAUGUCCAGAAAAGACUCAAGGAGAUGGCAGAUAAGAGAUUUCUUGAUGCCAAUGGACAAUAUAGCAUGUCUUCUGAGCAGGUUUACCCAAAUAAUAAGGUCUUUGAAAUCAGGGAGCAGCGGUUGAAGUUUGCUGAUAUCGGUUCAUCAAGUUCUUAUUCACAUAAGGAGGACAUUGUCAGCAUUUGCAAGAGGAGAGGUGGAAGUGAUGAUAGAUCCCUAUCCCACAGUGAGUGGUUAAACACUGUUCAGUCUGAGCCUGAUGUUAUCUCGAUGUCCUUUAUCCCAAUUACCUCUCUGUUGAAUGGAGUACCUGGGAGCGGAUUCUUGAGCCAUGCCAUCAAUCUCUAUUUACGAUACAAACCACCAAUUGAAGAACUCCACCAAUUUUUGGAAUUUCAGCUGCCCAGGCAGUGGGCGCCUAUGUUCAGUGAUCUUCCCCUUGGUCCACAACGGAAGCAGCAAAGUACAUCAUCUUUACAGUUCAGUUUCAUGGGGCCGAAACUUUACGUGAAUAUCAUUCCGGUUGAUGUCGGUAAGAGGCCAGUUACUGGCCUGCGGCUUUAUCUGGAGGGGAAAAGAAGCAACCGGUUAGCUAUACACUUGCAGCACCUGUCCUCUCUUCCAAAAGUCUUUCAACUUGACAAUGAUCCAAGUGGAAACUUCCGUCAGGAGAUCUAUGAUCGUAAGUAUUAUGAGAAAGUGCAAUGGAAGAACUUCUCUCACGUCUGUACAGCUCCUGUAGAGUCUGAUGAGGAUCUUUCUAUUGUAACUGGAGCCCAGUUAGUCGUCGAAAAUUCUGGUUUCAAAAAUGUUCUCUUCUUACGACUCUGCUUUUCCACUGUUUCUGGAGCUACCCUCGUAAAGCACCCAGAGUGGGAUGGAUCACCAGGAUUGGCCCCCAAGUCUGGAAUCAUAUCAACACUAAUCAGCCAUCACUUCACUUCAGUUCAGAAGCCGCCUCCACGGGCAGCUGAUGUGAAUAUAAAUUCUGCUGUUUACCCUGGGGGACCUCCAGUGCCUGUUCAAGCUCAUAAGCUUUUAAAGUUUGUAGAUACAACAGAAAUGGCAAGAGGGCCACAGGAAAAUCCAGGGUAUUGGGUUGUCUCUGGAGCAAGAUUAGUUGUUGAGAGGGGAAGGAUCUCUCUCAGGGUUAAGUACUCUUUAUUAACUGUGAUAUUACCUGAUGAAGAGUUGGAAGCAGAUCAAUAACAAAUGUGUCCGAACCUAACUCCUGAUCCUGGUCCCUGACAGAGAGGGGAACAAUAAAUGACAUGAGGAAAAAACCAAGUAAGAAAGUAGCCGAAAUAUGUUGCGUGUUCAAAACUUUGCCAAAAAGUCUUACUAUCAGCUGGUGGUUAAUUUUUGAACAUGACAGGCGAUACAAGGGAAUUGGAGGUAAUUUGACUGAAGGAGGCUGUAUUAUUGUAUUCAUUCCUAACUUUUAUUGUCAGGUUGUCACGUAAUUUUUGUGUUGGAAUGUAGAUCUACCCAUUGCUGCUCUUGAUCUGGCAAAAUUCACAAAAUUACUGCCUAGUGAAUCGUUUUGUGUUUUUUUUGGGUUGUGAAAUAGGUAUAGGAUUAGUUGGCAUGAUGCGGAAGAAUUGGUAUUGGAAAACUUACUUCUGUAAAUGUAUGCAUGAAGCUUGAAUUUUACUGACUUGUCUUAGAAAUGGUUGGUGAUCUUAGUGAGCAUGAGCUUUGGCAACUUUGUGCUUA